AUGGCGGCGCCGCUCCUCUUCUACGAUCUCAGCCUCCUCCCGUCCUCCUCCUCUGUUGACGGGGGCAAUGUCAGCUCGAACUCCUCUUCCUCCUCCCGCCUCCAACUCUUAGCCGCCACGGCGCGCGCCCUCGAGCUCGGCUACGCCGCCGUCGCUCUCGACCACCCCCACCGCGGCCUCCUCGCCGACUCCCACCGCUGCCGCACCGAGCCUUUCGCGCCCCUCUCCUCUCUCCCGCUCCCAUCCUCCGCCGCCCUCCAUCGCCGCCGCCUCGCCUCCCCUGCCUCGGAGUCCUUCCGCCAGUACACCCGCAUAACUCUCUCCCUCGACUCCGCUGCCGCCACCGCUUCCGCGCUCGCCCCCUCCGCCUCCCGCCUCCUCCGCACCUACGACCUCGUCGCAGCCCGCCCCCUCACCCAGGCCGCAUUCGAUCACCUCUGUCAGGCACCCCUCUCAGCUCAACACCUUGAUCUCAUCUCCGUCGAUUUCUCCUCCCACGGUAAGCUGCCCUUCCGCAUCAAGCCAUGA